GGUCAAGCCUGGGCUCCAAUAAUAAUGUGAUGGGCUCAAAUAAUAAUUUUAAAAUUAUUGUGCAAUUGGAGGUUCACUUCCUUCAUUCCUUUUGAUACGUAGUUUUUGCAAAGGUAAUAGAUUAAAAACAACAACCCAGCAACUCAACUGUUGAGAACUUGUGAAAUAUGCAACCCCCUAAUCAAAGGGUCAUUUCGAUUUCCCAGAGGCCUCCACUGCUGCCAUUCUCCCUGACAGAGAAGUUUCAGCGUGAAACUGCUUAGCAAGACGACUGAUUAUAUCCGUUUAAGGCUGAGGAAAGAUAAUGGUCGCUUGUGACAAAGGGCGACCCCUUAACCCUUUUAUGGAGGUCGGCUCUCGCGCUGCGCAACGCCUGCUCAACAUGCCCACUUUCUGGUCCGACCCACUGCCUUAAUCGGUGUCUCCCGCGAGCUGAGUUUUAAUAAUGCAUGAUAUCUCAAACUGGCGCCUUUUGUUAUUAUCGCACGCGUUUAAGUUUUAUUUCCCGUAGCAGCUAGAAGAAGGCAGAAAGGACGGGAAGCACGCAGCAACCCGGCGAGGGCGAGAAGCUGAGAAACACGCCGGCAUGCCCUGUGUGACAGCAUCGGUGGAUGACAUUCAGUUUGAAGAGACUGCCAGAGUCGGACAGAUUAUCAGCAUUAAUGCUAAGGUAAACCGGGCAUUCACUACGAGUAUGGAGGUUGGUGUCAAAGUUACUUUGCAAGAUCCUCUUACCACUUUCCAAAAACUGAUUUGUGUGGCUUUCUCUACAUACGUGGCAAAACCAGUACAUAAUGGCAAGGUUGAUUUAAAACCAGUGGAGUUCGUCACUGCACAGGAUUUUCUUGAGCACACCCUGGCUGCUGAGAGAAGAAAAAUCCGACUGGAUCAUGAACGCGUCUGUAAGAACCUGGUGGAAGAAUGUGGCAUGAAUAGUGAACAAGUUUGCAAUCAAGAAGAAGGUGCAAUUUCCACAGAUCUCACCCAUGUGCAGAGCACUGAACUUGUCUUGCCUCCCCAUGCCAAUCAUCAAGGAAAUACAUUUGGUGGCCAAAUUAUGGCUUGGAUGGAGACGGUGGCCGUUAUUUCAGCAAGUCGCCUGUGUAGGCUGCAUCCGACUUUGAAAUCUGUAGAUAUGUUUAAAUUCCGGGGACCUUCAACUGUUGGUGACCGCCUGGUUUUCAAUGCUAUAGUUAACAAUACUUUUCAGAAAAGCAUUGAAGUUGGAGUUCGUGUUGAGGCCUUCAAUUGUGAGGAAUGGGCCAAAGGCCAAGCUCGGCAUAUCAACAGUGCCUUUUUAAUUUUUAAUGCUGUAAAUGAAGAUGGAGAACUUAUUACCUUCCCGAGAGUCAAAUCUAUUACAAAGGAUGGUUUAAGGCGAUAUCAUGGAGCUAUUGCACGGAAGAAAAUUAGAUUAGCCAGGAAAUAUAUUCUUUUGAAGCAGGAAAACAAUUGCACACUUGAUUUCUGGGACCGAGGCAAUCAGGCAGACAAAAUCGAAAGCAAUGUUACAGCACUGACUGUUCUGGCAGCAAAGCCUGGAUGGGAAAUGAUUAGCACUAGCCUGGACUACCUAUAUCCACUCUGUUCGUCGCUGAAACUUAAUGGGCAUAGCAAUCCUAACCCCAGCCUGCGAAAAGCAAAAUGGAUCGGAGUGGAUCACCACAUCCCAAACCCUGCUAGCUCACACUGGCCAGCGAAGAAGAUAAAAAUGUUUACUCUUGAAGAGACAGAUGCUUUGUCAAUCAAGGUUGAAAUGCAAGUGCGGAUAUCUUCAGAACUAGCAUUCUCCCUCUUAUCUGACUUCAGACAUCAUGUGCACUGGGUUAAACACUAUUCAACGUGUAAGGUUAUCCAGAAUGUGACCGAAGAGGACAAAAUAUAUCACAUUACAUCCAUAUCAAUUAAUGGAAAUAAACCAGAUGAUUUUUUAAUUCUCGUGUCACAAAGAAAGCCUUGCAAGACUGGAGACCCUUACAUAAUAGCUGUGAGGUCAGUUGCCUUGACAUCUGUUCCAUCUUCUGAGAAUUACUGCAGGCGUGAAAUCCAGUGUGCGGGAUUCCUGAUCUACCCUGAUGGAAACUCCUCUUUUGUUUCCUACUGCAUCCAAGGAACACCUGGUGUUAUGCCUUAUGUUGCUGCAACUCUUGAUGGCUCAUCAAAAUCAAUUGAGGAUACAGCUUCUGGGUGCAUUCAUUUCUUGGAGUUACAGAGCAGCACAAUGGACUGCAUUUAAUUAAGCAAUGCUUUACCAUUCUUUGUAUCUUGUACACAAGCUGUCAUUAACACCAAUAUUUAUCAAGCUGGCAAGUCAGUUCCUACCUACUUUUAUGUUCAGGACCUGUAUAUCUAAAUCAUCACAAUGUUCUACAUCAUCAUACGAUGGAGCUAUUUAAUGAUAAAUUCAGUAACUAAGUUAAGUUUUCUUUCAACAACAUUUCAUUGUUCUUUUGGAGUCCUCAGAAAACUUGUCAAAGCAAUACGUAUUACUACACACAAUUUAAAAUACUGAUUUUUUUAUUUUAAAAAUCUCAUUGUAUGUAAAUUUAAAUUUCUAUUGUAAAUAAUUUUCCUAGUCUAUUAAUCUCAACUAACAGCCGUAUUUGUUAUUCCUGAUUUUGCAGUUACAUAAUGCACAUAUGACACUCGGUAAUAAGCACUGAUUUCAGAAUCCCGAGAAUGUCAGGUUGUGUUUCCCGUUUCUUGUAGUUGCAAACACAGAGACGGUGCGUAGGCCAAGGCUGUAUUUGAACUAUUAAGUCCUGGCUUAGUAAGGGCAUGCAUGAGCUCCAUGUGCAUUCAUGCAGCUCCUUUGCUCUCCCCUCUGCACAAGAGUAGGAUGGCAUAGUUAAAACUUGGCUUAUCGAUCCUGACUUGUUUGGAAGCCAUUAACCAUAAUGAUUUACUGCUGCUGCCUAGGUUGCUUUCCUGCUUGCACAAUGGGGCAGCAUGUGAAUAUAUAGGUGCCCUAUGCUAUUUUAAACUACUUGAUACUGCUUUCAGAAUGAGCUACUGUAUACAUUUUAGUCAUAUCAACACACACCCUUGAAUUAAAUAAUUAAAACUAUGAGUGUUAUGCUAAUUUAGAUUUA